AUGGGUUGGGUGGUAGUUAGUGCCCUGAGAGGGCUUCCGGGCGCCAAGCGCCGACUCAUAGAGCUCCAGCAGGGAUUCAUCAUCAACCUCACCUGCCUGCUGCUGCUGCUGCUGCUGCUGCUGCUGCUGCUGCUGCUGCUGCUGCUGCUGCUGCUGCUGCUGCUGCUGCUGCUGGGCACUUGCAGCCCAGCCACCGCCGCCUGCGACGGCAGCCGCCGGCGCCGCAGCGGCCGCCUGGCCGGCUCCGGGCUGCGGCCACAGCGGCGGCGCGCUCGCCAGGCGGUUUUGCCCCCGCGCCUGCUGCUCUGGGGCGACUGCCUGCCCCUCCUGCCCCGGCUGGUGGUGGUGGUGGUGGUGCUGCUGCUGCUGAGCGGCGCCGCCGCUGCUGGUAUCGCCGCCUACGGAGCCCGACCCUCCGGGUCUCACCCUCAGCUCUGA